CAUUUAUACUCUACAAUUAAAUCUCAAAUGUAUUAUAUUGCAUUUAUAUUAUCAGUCGUUCUCGCUUGUAUUGUUUUCUUGAAUUUCUUGAUUUUAUUUCCCUAUUUUCUCAGUUUCUCUGUGACUCCGCCCAUGCAUUCCUGUGUGUCUGGGCUGUGAGGAGGAGGAAAGAAAAGCGAAGAGAGGCUGCAGAAAGCUGCCUGUGGACGCUGAACCAGCGAGGAGAUGAUUAACAACAACAACAACAACACUCAUCCUCAAUCUGACUGCUACAGCUUUCUGACAUAACAAACAUCUAUCCCGAAAGUCUAAACCAACUGGACGCGUUUCUAUUUCUUUUUCUUUUUUUUCUUUUACAAGUUCUUGGGAACUUUUUUUUUUUUCCGGAGUUGGAGCUGUGGAGUUUGGUUUCCAGUCCGACUGCAUUGUAACAAAAACCCCGCCGCUGUUUUCGCUGCUUUUUCUGCCGCAAAAUCAACAACAAACCAGCCAGAAGAGCUGAGAGAAUCUGUGAGGAGGAAACCAUGGAGAUCCUCGACAGUAGUGAACCGUUUUUACACUGGGACAGGAACCUCAGCGAGCUGUCUGAGGCUGGAGAGAUGGACUGCGUGCUGUACACCAAUCACUUCUCCGAGCUCCUCGACGAUCUGUCCCAGGAUGCUUUGCUGGGCCAGCUGCUCAGCGACCCCUUCCUGUCCGGGGUGAGAGGCGGAGUGGAGGCCAUGGAGGGGGAGGACGGAAGCGACCUGUCCCCAUCUUCCCCUCUCCCCCCACACAUCACGGCCGAGCACAGCUACUCGCUCUGCGGGGACAGCCGCCCACAGUCGCCCCUGUCGCACCUGACCGGAGAGCAAGGCAGCGACGCCGCAGAGUCUGAUGGGGACUCAGCUGAUUGGCCCAUGGAGCAGGAGGACGCCAUUGACAGCAUCCUGUGUGAGACUCCUUCCCUCCUCCCCAACCUCUCUCUCUCUCUGGCCUCCAGCGCAGGACCCCAGGCUCCUGAGGGCCCCGCUGUGGCCCCCGACGCUGCCGCCAGCCCAGCUCAGACCACAGUCAGCAGCCACAACCAAAGCAAAGGCCUCAAGAUCAAAGAGGAGAACAUCAUCCCCCAGAUUAAACUGGAGCCUCAUGAAGUGGACCAGUUUCUCAAUCUUUCACCCAAAGGUCUGGAGUCACUGCAGAUGCCUCCCACUCCUCCCAGUUCCCUCAGCAGUGACUCUGAGGGCAGUCAGAGCCCCGUCCACGCCCCACCCGGCCUGUCCUGCCCCACCUCCCCCACCAGCCCUCCUCCAUCCCAGGCCGGUCUGAAGGUGUCGCCUCGCGCGGCUUCCUCGCUGUCCAACUCCCCUCUGCUCACCGCUGCUCAUAAGCUGCAGGGGUCGGGCCCAUUGAUGCUGACGGAGGAGGAGCGUCGUACGCUGGUGGCUGAAGGUUACCCAGUCCCCACCAAACUGCCGCUCACCAAAUCUGAGGAGAAGGCGCUGAAAAAGAUCCGCAGGAAGAUCAAAAAUAAGAUUUCGGCUCAGGAGAGUCGCAGGAAGAAGAAAGAGUACAUGGACGCUCUGGAGAAGAAGGUGGAGACCUGCUCCAACGAAAACAACGAGCUGCGCAGGAAAGUGGAAACUCUGGAGUGUACCAACAAGUCUCUGCUACAGCAGCUGCAGUCUCUGCAGGCGGUGGUGGCCGGCAAAGUCCCCAAGUCCUGCAGGAUGGCAGGCACCCAGACAUCAUCAUGCCUAAUGGUGGUCGUGUUGUGUUUUGCUCUGUUUUUGGGGAGUUUCUACCCCAGCAGUUUGACUCCGUGCUCCACCAUCACUGAAACUGGCCUCACUUCUAAACAGCUGGCUGUCAAAGAGUCCUACACAACCACAGUGAAGUCGAGGAAUCUGUUAUCAACGUUCGAAGACGAGCAGCCACACCUCCUCGGUUUAGGCGGGGAAUAUCCCGCCCAAUGGGAGGACACGUCGGCCGUCGUCAUGGCAGUGUGGCGUCGCUCAGAGCAACAGAAAGUGGCGGUGGUGGAGCCCAACAUGGUGGAAACACACCCACCCUUCAGAAAUAAAAGCAAUGAGACGCAGACAUCAAAAAACCUGCUGCUGGACCUGCAAAGGUCUCUGGAGCAGAGGACGAAGGAGAGCAGCAGUAAAGUGAUAGAGCUGGAGCGAUCGGUCAACGAGACCUCCUGAGGUUCAAGUCAACACCCACCCUAAACGCCCCUCCACCCCGGGACCCCGCCUCCCUUAAACCCCAUGAUGACCUUUGACCUCCCCCCCUGUAGAGCAUGGUUCAGUGUCCUGGAGCAAACCUCAUACAGUAGUUCCCACUACUGAUUGUUCCAUCUCUGCUUAAUCAGAUACACUGUAAUAGUAGUAAUAAUAAUAAUAAUAAUUUCAAAGAGGCACUGGUUGCCUUAGUUUCUUAAGUAAAGUUGCACUGAAUUAUUCUUACUUAUAUGAGUCAACUUAUCAGUUGUAUCUGUUGUCUUAAUUGACCCGGCUUGAAUCACGUUGAGAUAAAUUCAAAUAGAUUUAUUUAAUGAUGCAGCGUGGCAUUUAUUCCAGUGGAAAGUUUAUUAAAAUAUGACACGUGAGGCUUUUUACAGGACACUGAAAGAGAACCUUUGUAUUUAUAGAAACCUUGUUUGUUUUGUUAAAGUUAUUGCUUUUUGUAGUUCUUUUAAUGUUUUUAUUCCAUUCCAGUAAUGCAUACAUCCCAUUUUGAUACUUGUUUGUGUUCAUGUUGUAUUUUUUUUUUUUUUUUUGCUAUUUUAUUGUACUCUUUUAUAUAUUUUUAUCAUUAUAUUGUUAUAUAUUUUCUUCAGCUGACUUGACAUUUCAAAUAUAGAGGGCUUAACUUGGGGGUUCCUGCACUCAUUUGAAAAAAAGUUUCAAAAUCUUUGUUUGUUGAUGUAAAAAGUUCAACAUCAUAUUUGGGAUGUUUAUAGGUGUGCUGAUCAAUCUGCAGCUCAAAUCUGCUAUUUUCUCACAAUUAAUACCGACUGUAGUUUUAAAAUCCAGUUAGAUAAAAACCAAAAGAGAGCACCU